GGGCUCGCCUGUCCGUAUUUUCUCGGGUGGCAUAUUAGCUGCUGUGCUACUGGCGUGUGUCGCGCGCCAGAUUCCUUCUGCCGUUUGAACUUCCCGCCCGAGAGAGGUGCGAAGGGCGCAGUGUUUACCGUGAGACCCUAAAGCCUCUGCCGUGAGGGAGGCGGGGACGUUAGGCCAGUGUUGGCCUACUUGUCUCUAACCCCGCGCUUAAGGGCUUUCUUCUGUCCUCGCCGCCAUGUCGGCGGCCUUCUCUUUCGCGACCGGGACGUUGCCUUCGGCCACCGCUACUGGAACUGGAGGCGGCGGAGGGGGGUUCUCGUUUGGAGCCACUCCAAGCUCAACUGGAGGGCUUAACUUUGGAACAUUGAGCUCAACAGCACCUGCUACUACAACAGCACCAUCCAUAGGCUUUGGAACUGGGCUAUUUAACUCAAAACCUACCACUGGUUUUACGUUAGGAGGGGCUAACACAGGAACAGCAACAACUAUCGCCACAGGAUUAACACUAGGUGCACCUGCUACUACUUCUACUGCCACCACAGGCCUUAGUUUAGGAUUCAACAAACCUGCAGGAUCAGCCACACCAUUUGCUUUGCCUGUCACAUCUACCUCUUCUGCUCUCUCACUUUCUUCUGCUCUCACGUCAGCUCCAGCAGCAGCACCUUCUAGCUUUACAUUGAACUUGGGAGGCACACUUGCCCCAACUACAACUGGGUCCACUGGACUUUCUCUUGGAGGAGCUUUGGCUGGCUUAGGAGGGGCACUCUUCCCAAAUGCAAGCACAUCUGCAACAGGGCUUGGACAAAAUGCUUUUGGCUUGACUCUAGGGACAGCUGCAGCACCUGCUACUACAGUUAAUGAAGGUCUAGGUGGCAUAGACUUCAGCAGUUCCUCAGAUAAAAAGGGAGACAAAACAGGAACAAGACCAGAGGAUAGUAAAGCAUUAAAAGAUGAAAAUCUACCUCCAGUAAUCUGCCAAGAUGUAGAAAAUCUCCAGAAGUUUGUAAAAGAACAAAAACAGGUUCAGGAGGAAAUCAGUCGAAUGUCUUCCAAAGCAAUGCUUAAAGUACAGGAAGAUAUUAAAGCUCUGAAACAGCUUUUGUCAGUGGCUGCCAGUGGAUUGCAGAGAAACACUCUUAAUAUUGAUAAGCUGAAAGUGGAGACUGCUCAGGAGCUUAAAAAUGCUGAAAUAGCAUUAAGAACACAGAAAACCCCUCCUGGCCUUCAACAUGAAAACACAGCACCAGCAGACUAUUUCAGGAUCUUGAUCGAACAGUUUGAAGUACAACUGCAGCAGUACCGACAGCAAAUAGAAGAACUAGAAAAUCACCUUGCCACCCAAGCAAAUAAUUCACAUAUAACUCCACAAGACUUAUCCAUGGCUAUGCAGAAAAUUUAUCAAACAUUUGUAGCGCUAGCAGCACAACUCCAGUCUGUACAUGAAAAUGUGAAGGUGCUCAAAGACCAAUAUCUUGGUUUUAGAAAAGCCUUCUUGGCGGAUGCUGUGGAUGUAUUUGAGGCAAGGCGAGUAGAAGCAAAGAAGUGGCAGAAUGCUCCUCGUGUGACAACUGGCCCUACUCCUUUCAGCAACAUACCAAAUGCAGCAGCUGUUGCCAUGGCUGCAACACUCACACAGCAGCAGCAGCCUGCUACAGGUCUGAGUGCAUUCAAGUUAUAGCUUUUAGUGUUACAAAAGCCGUGCCCUUGUGUAAUGUUUUAUAUAAGGUCUUCCUUUGUUUUGGAAACAUAAAAAUUGUGAGUAACAAUUCAACAAAACAUAGGUAAUAGAAAAUGCAGGAUAGCCUUAGCAAUAAUUAUGCACCCAGUAUUUAAUCUUGUGAUUUUACAUGUAAUAGCUUGUUUACUGUAUUACUAAACCCUUUGGAAUGUGAGUCUUUGUCACCUCUGAGAAGGCAUAGGAUAAAGUCUUUCUAAAAAGAUGAUACUAUUGUAUAAACUAAUUUGUUGGGAAAUCGUAAUUCAAAUUUGUUUUCCUCAUGGAAAAUUAUAUAUAUAUUUUUUUACAUUGCACUUUGUAAUUUCAAAUAUGCCUCAAGGUGAAAUAUCAUUAGGGUCAUUAUUUUUUUAACAGAUUCAGCAUGAGGAUGCUAAACAUAGUUGGAGUUCAAAUUUGUAUAUAAAUUUAUAAAAUCAAAAUACUGUUAUUGUGGUGGUACUCACCGGGAAGUAAGUAUGGCUAGAAAUUAAGCAACUGUGAGGGGAGAGGUGUUUUAUUUCCACUUUUUUAAAAAUAUUCUUUUUUGGUCAAACUAGAUGCUUGAAGUUAGAAGCUUAAGGUAUGUCCCUUCCAAAGAGUUCUGCAGGUCACAUUUCACAUUUAGAGAGACCUGGAAACCUGGCUACUUUAUUGCCUAAACAUAGGCCAGAAAGCAACUUAAAACCCAGCUUUGUGCUGAAGUAGUCCUCUAGACAUACCUGAAAAUUCCCUGGAGCCUUUUUGCCCUGCUUCAGUUGCACCUUUGUGGGGGUUGGCAAAAAGCAACCUGGUACAUGCAUGCACAUCUUACUACCUAGAGAACCAUUAAUUGAGGCACUGCAGUUCAGUAAUGGGUUCUACAGGGUAUUUCCAGCUUUGCCAUAUAAUAGGUGAAUCCAAAUAGAACUUGGGAAGAAUGAAAGGAUUAGUACACCCUUCUAGGCUUACUAGAGCAGCAUAACAUAAUCACCUGUGAUUUUAAUAUUUUAUUGUAAGCAUGUAACAACUUUUAAAUGCUCUUUACAGGAUUUAUACUGAAGAAGCUAAUGGUUCAAGCAGUUACAGACCACAUCUAGAAGUCUGUAAUUUAUAGUACCUUAACUUAAGAUCUUUCUCAAGUUAUUAAAGCAGAUAUACAUAAAACAUUACUGAGAGAGGGAGCAGCACUUUACCUGAAGUCUUAAGAAUCUUGGUGGAAAGUUCUCCCACAAUCCUAAAUGUCCUUUCUUAAAUGUGAGAAGAUUAAUUGAUUUUGGUGGAACUAAUAAUUGAAGUAAGUUGCUUCCACUGACUGUAUCAUGAAUUGGUGUCAGUAGAAUGGAUCCAAAGAAUAAUGGGCAAAAUCCAAUAUUGCACAAGCAGACUUCUAUUUCUUCCCCUUGCAGUCCACUGCACUCUCCCAUCUUCUCCAGCUUCUUCAUGACUACCAGUAUCCAAAGAAAAUCUUGGGGACAUGCAGGGGACUGCACGGGAGAUGGAAUUUUCCCUUUUUGUGUUGACAAAAGCCAUUCCAUAGGUGGAAGGGGUUAACUGGAUACCACCCCAUGAGCGGAACAAAGAGUUGUUAGUGCUGUACAAUUUUACUGGGAUAAUUGUAGUACUGUUGCUAUUUUUGUGCUUACAUAAUACAAUGACAUCCUUGAAUCUAGUUUCAAUUUCCUCAAGCAAUUCUGUAAUACAAAUGGUAGAAAUGUUUUGGUCAAUGGAAGGCAUCUACUGCAUGCAGAAAGGCAACUUUGUAUCUAGUGUUUUGUCUUUUUCCUAGUGCUGAGACCAGAGAGGUAAGCUGAUAUUUGAUGACUAUCAUUUUUAUAUUUUAUUAUAUCAUGAAAAUGUAACAUUGCAAAGAAGUUAUUCAUUCCACCCUAGAGAUAUUAUGGUGUAGUAGAGUAUCCUGAAUUGUUUAGUUGUAGAUACUGUGAAUAUGAAAAGCACUGUUAAAAUUUGGAAGGGCAAUAGCUAAAUGAUAAGACCCAUGCUUUACACGGAGAAAGCCCCAGUCAUAGAUUAAAGAUGCUUUGGUAGAAGUAUUAGGAAAGACCUCUUCCUCAGACUUUGGAGAAUCAUUGUCAGCCUGAUUAGGCAAUACUGCACCAAAUGGAUCGAUGGUUCAUAUGCUGUAACUGUAUUACAGCCUUCUGUCUGUUCUUGAUUCUGCUGAGACUGCCAAAGAGUAGCCAAGAGGGGGAUUGCCCAUUCUGUGAACCUGACUAGCAGUUGUUUUGUUUGCUUUUAAAUAGUAUACUGUAACUUGAUGUUAGGUGGCAUGGUAUAAGUGAAUAUUUUUGUGUUUGUGGUAUAGAGGGGAGUUUCCCUAAAGUAGAAAAAUAACUUUCUUUGAGGUAGGGCAAGAUCAUAAUUCAAAAAUCAAUAAUGAAGAAGAAAAUUUUGUCAGUGUUAAAAUAAUCUGAGUUUUGCUAGCUCUGAAUCAUUUUCCUAAACACAAACAAAUGCCCGGGAGAUGGUGUUUGCUCUACUGUAGACCAGCAUCUAUUGUUAUGCCCAGUGCAUGCUACAGUAGAGCUGCUUAAGCAGGUCUGGGUAACUUACAGCUUAACAUAUGAACUUAGCUGUUUUCAUUCUAGUUACUUGGAUAGCUGUGUGAUGAAUAAUUUUCCAGGGACAAAUAGUUUAGUAUAGAUAUGACUUUAAGUGUAUUUUGCUACUCACUGAGCAAUUAGGAGUUGGUUGGCUUACCUAAAAAGCAUGUUGCUUAGCUCUGCUCUAAUGCCUUCUAGCAUUUAAUGCUUUAUUGUGUCCUUUGCCCUUGCCAAGGUCAGUUUACAAUUUUGGGACAAAUACCUGUCCAAAUAGACACUAAAUUGGACUGUGUACUUGAAACAGUUUGAUGGUUAAAAUCCAAUGCCUUGCCAUAAAAAAUGAGGUUAAACUAGAGCAGCCUUCCCAACCUGUUCUCCAGAUGUAUUGAACUACAGCUCUCAUCAUUCCCGGUCUAACACAGAUGGAGGGAACCAGGUUAGAGAAGGCUGAACCAGGGUUAACUUAAUGGUAUUUGAAGAUAGUCUAGCCAGUUUUCAGGUCAUAUUUGGACAAUUUGGGUUGCACCUUUAUCACAAUGGAAAGACUUGAGCCUUGUCUGGCAAGCCUUGUAGGAAAUCUUGUUGUUUACCUUAACUGGCCCCUUAUGCCACAUUCCUAAACACACUUACUAUAGAGAGUAAGUUCCAUUGAAAUCAGUGGGUCUUAUUUCCAAAAAAGCAUGCAUAGGAUUGCACUAGUAGUUGUGAGUUAUUUAUUAAGCUAAAACUGUUCUUUAGGUGAAUAUAAAUUUUAAAUAGACUGCUGCAGGUAAUUAUAGUUUAAAUUUUCAUGACAUGUUAUCCAAAGGUAACAAGUUUACUUCUAUGUUCUGGCAUGAACGAUCUCUAGCAUUAUCUAAAUUAUAUACAAUGUACCUGACUUUUAAAUGAGAAGUUCUUUAAUUUUCUGGUACAAAGUUUGAUUUUCUGGUACUAAUUUGAAAUUGCCAUUGAGAAAUUUGUCAGCUUUAUCUAUGAAAUCCUGUUUUCCUGUAACUUGAAUAUAAGUUUGACUUGAAGUAUUUUAAAAAUCUGGAAGGCAUACUUAAAUGCAAGCUUGACUUGGAGGACUAUGGCGUCAUCAAGUUGUUUAAAGGUCUUCCACCAAUGUGCCUCUUGCUUUAAUGGAAAACUGAUAUACUUCCUUUAAAAGAGAACACUGGAUGCUUUUGUUGUUAGAAAACUGACUUUGGACUGGAAACUUUUAAAGGAGCUGCUAGUUAGAGUAUAUUUGUUUACAUCAAGUUUUCAUCUGUAAAUGCAACACUUAUUUAUAAAAGAAUAAAAAGUUAGAUCAAGACUCAUUUAGUUGAACUUGAAUCCAGUAAUUACUAUACUUAGUUUCUAUGGAUUCCAGAUAGCAAUUAAUUUCAGCUAACUUAGUCUGGACCUAACCCAAAAAGUUUAAUUAGUCUAUAGUGGAUGCGUAUGGAACUUCAACUUGCCAAAAUAAGUGCUAAGUAUUGGUUGAAAGUUCACAGCUCUAGUUGCCCUUUUAAUGUAAUGCUAUCUUGAAUAUAACCUCAUUUUUGCAUUGAAUCACCUAAGGUGUGGUAAUGUUACUUGCAAAAGAUAUAAUGCAAAUCAGUGCCUUUUGCUUGAUAUUUGGUUAUCUGUUUAAUUAGCAUUUGUGAGAACUAGAACCUCAACUUUUUAUGUACUAAAAAGGCCACAAGGGGACCAUUGGCACUGUCUGACCUAUACAACAUAGCCUACAAAUUAUUGCUAAUGAUUUACUUUGGUUCGUUUUAAAAUUGCAGUCAUGAUAGAUAAAUGUACUGUAAUGCAAUAAUGAGGCAGAGAAAUUUGUAGGAGUCUAUCAGUAUCCAGAAGGAAAAUGAAAGUGAUUUUUGAGGAGACACUAGCUGGUACACUUGCUGGCAUGUAUGUGUAUUCUGUACUGGCACUGCUGGAUUCAUAUGGAUCUACAAGAUAUUCUUUUUUUGGGGGGGGGGCAAUCCAGAGAGUGCUGCUGUGCAUUCUCUGUUCACUUUAAUUGAGUUUGCCUGAGAACGGCAUCUAGUGCAUUGUACCCCUGGCCUUUAAAAUGGGAGGAAUAUACAAAUAUGGAUGGGCAAGCACAGUACUGAAUUUGAGAAAUCCUUCAAGUUUAACUAAUGCACUGAUUGCUGUGCUUAAAGGUGUAGGAAUACAGAUUGUACUGUGAAAAUGGUUAAAGGUGCAAUCAAUCCUAUGGAAAUUUAGACAGAAAAGGGCUUACAGAUCCCAGCAUGCUGCAGCUCUGGCAGGGCAUGCUUGAAACUGUAGCCUGUGUUUCUGUCUAAACUUGCAUAGAACUUCACCUCAAAUUGCUUAUGUUAAGUUACUAGAUGAACCUAUAGAUUUUUUUUGUUGCAAUUUAUUUAUAGUGUGGGACUAGUAAUUUUUUCCACACACAGAACAAUGGGCUAAGGCCAUACAUUUGAUUUUGGUACAUUAAAGAUAGAUUUUGGCAGUGCGCAUAUGUAAGGAAACCACUGUCUCUUCUAAAUGAUGUUAGAAAUGUUCGAAUCUGAAACUUUUGAAUGUAUUGGGUAAGGUGCACAACUGUGCCUUUUCUGUAAAUGUUUAUUUAAACAGGCAAAAACUGUUGUAAAUGUAGCAAAGUCCUAACAACUCAGUAACUUAUCAUUUUUGUGUGAACCAGUUUGAGUUGUCAUGUUACUGUGUAAUUGACUUGCUCUAAAAUGAACAAUAAAUUUAAUAAAACAAA